UCUGAACUGAACGCACGAGCAAACACUCCUAUAUGAAAAAAACGAAGGAUAGUGAGCGAAGCAGGGGAAAAUAGAAACGAAAAGACGAGCUUUCCGAAUAGCCGAUAAAAAAGCUGUUCUUGGAAACGGGAAAAGCAUAAAAGCCAUAGUUUGAUUGCUACAAGAGGAUCACGAAAUUUGACAUCUCUUGAAAGUGUUGUGGUCAGUUUUCAGAGAUAAAAAAUAUUUUUUUCCUUCUUUAAAUUUAUGCAUUAGCUAAUCUGAAGAAAAUAUCAAGAGGGUCUGACGAGCAUCACUGAAGCUAGUUGGUGCUGAAGUUAGACCGCGAACGGAUGCGAGGAAAGGGUGCACUGAAAGACUCAACCCCCUUUUUCUUUCUCUCCCUCUGUUUCUUUUUUGUUCGCUUAAACAAAAGAGAGAGCGAGUCAGAGACACUGAACCUGCUUUCAUGCCGUCAGUCUUGCAGACUCUGAGAUGGACGUAAGGUUUUAUCCAGCACCCCCUUCAAGCGUGGGUUCAUGUUCUUUACCAACUGAUCCAAAUUGCCUGAGCUCGUUGGACUAUUACCGCUGUAACAAGAGUAGAUACGGAGCUGGAGAGCGUGGUGUCAGCGUCAGGCUCCCAACAGGCCCCGGCACUGACGGGAAGAGACUGCUGUCCGCUGGGAACUACACUGGUCAGAGUGGCGGUGGUGGAGCAGGCGACGAGGAUUACGAGAUCCCGCCCAUAACGCCACCCAACCACCCCGACCCCUCCCUGCUGCACCUGAUGGACCCCGAGUCGGGCUACCUCUGCCACUCCCUGCCCCACAAUGGCCUGAUCAACCCCUACUCAUACCCGGAGCUGCCCGCCAUCAUGAUGUCCAACAUGCUGGGUCAGGAGAGCCACCUGCUGUCUGGGCAGAUGCACUCGAUCCAGGAGAUGGUUCGCCCAGAUGGCCUACAUUUUGACUCCGCCCAUCAGAGCCCCCUGAUAAACCAAUCACCUAGGAUACUGUCGCGUCACAUGGGCGCUCUGUCCCAGCUCCACUCUCAGGUCGGCCUGCGAGGUGUCCCGCCCUACGGGUCCCCCUCACCUCCAGGAAGUAAGUCAGCCACGCCCUCCCCCUCCGGCUCCGCCCAGGAAGAGGAAACUGAUUCCCAUGGCAAGAUGGCCGGGGAGAAGCGGCCCUCAUCAGAGAUGAUGAAGAAGCCCAAGCCCCAGAAGAAGAAGAAGAAGAAGGACCCCAAUGAGCCCCAGAAGCCCGUCUCCGCCUACGCGCUCUUCUUCAGGGACACCCAGGCCGCCAUCAAGGGCCAGAACCCCAACGCCACCUUCGGGGACGUCUCCAAGAUCGUGGCCUCCAUGUGGGACAGCCUGGGGGAGGAGCAGAAGCAGGCGUAUAAGAGGAAGACCGAAGCCGCUAAGAAGGAGUACCUAAAGGCCCUGGCAGCGUACAGAGCCAGCCUGGUUUCCAAGAGCUACAGCGACCCCGUGGAAUCCAAGAGUGUCCAAAGCAGCCAGGCCUCGCACAUGAUGGCCCCCAAACCCGCCCUGUACAGCGUGCCCCCCCAGCCCUCCUCCCCCUACCUGGGCCCCGCCUCCUUCCCCCUGUCCGACCUGCAGAGCUUCGCCGGGCCCCCGCGCCACGCCCUCUCCCGGACCCUCAGCCAAUCGCAGAUGCUGCCCAGCAUGAGCGCCUCCCCUCCCUCCUCCUUCCAGAUCAGCCCGCCCCUGCACCGGCAGCUCUCCCUGCACCAGAGCUCCCUCCUCAACCAGCCAAUCCGCAUGCAGCAGGUGCAGUCGCAGCCAAUCAUCUCCCACCAGAUGGGGCUCCAGGCGUCUCUUCAUUCGCCUCCUCCUGGCCAGCAGGGAUUCCCUCACAUCCAGUCGGAUUACCAGAACAGCUCGCAGUCUCCGGGGGCGCCAAACCCAGGAAGCGGACAGAACCCUGACUGGGACGGGGAGUACUGCAGUCGCGAAUGCGGCGGAAACCUGUGCAGCAGUGUGAUAGGAAGGGACAAGCCACUCUACCUCACUUGAAGCUGGAGAACCUUGAAUUGAAAGGACACCAGGGAGCUCGUAAACACCAUCGUUUUAUCUUCUGUUUUUCCGACAUUUCUUUUUUUCUUUUUUUCUUUUUCUUUUAGGAAAAAUUUCAACGGAUUCCAAUUGGGAAGUCCUGAAGACUACUAGGGAGUGUUUUCUUUUUUCCAAGCACUUAGAAAAUAUUGGGAAUUGUGUUGACCCUGGUAACAUGUUUAGGGAGAAGUAAAAAAAAAAAAUGUAAUAAAACUUGGAUCAGCUUUUGUGGGGUCGUUCAGCUUUAAUAUGUGAAGCCUUGAUGGCUUUUCAGAGAUUUUUUUCUGUUGUUUUAUUUCUCUUCUGCCACAAGCUUUGCCAUGAACAGUCCCAGUAAGGAAAUCCAUUAUUGGUUGACAUACUGUAUGCCUUGAUGAUGAUGGCAAGACUAACUGUGGCCUCUCCCAGAGUAGCAGGUCAGAGAAUUUCAGCAGAGAGUGGAGUAUGAACAACAAACAAAAAAACAUGAACUGUAACUCAAACCCUUUUUUGUAUCAUAGAAGAGAACUGCAAAGUUUUACCAAUGUAUCACAGCGUGAUUGUAAAUAUCACUUCUAUGAGAACAGAGAACAUCUCAAACCCCAGACUUUUUCCUUCCAUUUUCAUACUAGCUGUAAUUCCCCCCUUGAUUUUUAAGACAUUUUGUGUUUCGUGAAUUUGAGCGAUUUCUUUCAAGGCAGACUUGGCGAAAGUAUUUCACCCAUUAAAUCUUGAAAGUCUG